ACUGUGCAGCCUCCAAAACUUUGCAAAUUACUGCAUAGCUAUGAGGAAGGAGAGACAGCAGCCAACCCUGGAAGCGAUUACACAGAGCCAAUGACGUAACGAAGCAGGACACCAAUCACACAUUCUCUUAUAUCAGAGGCUCUGUGGUCUGCUCAUAUUACAAUCACUUUCUAUGAGUUCUCAGCUCACGGUCAUCAUCGACGGCUCUGUAUGAACUUUAUUAAACUCAUUCAGUUUCAUGAAACUGUAAAGAACAACUGCCUCCCAUAAGAAGCUAGCACAAUGAAGGUUGUGGUAAUGAUGAUUGUGAUGGUCUUCUGUCUUAGAGGGUCACUAUCAGGACGGGCGUUCAAGACAUUGUCUCACCUAAAGCCCCAUUCCAGUGACACGACACAGAGCUCUGCUGUACAAGAUCUCCUACGCCGUCUGAUCGGGGACCGUGCUGACGAUUUCGUGGUCACUGUAGACAGCUCUCUGGCUAGCAGCGAUGGACUGGACACUUAUUGGCUGAGUUCAGUGACUGGAGGAAAAGUGUUGGUGGUGGGCAGUAGUGGAGUGGCCGCUGCCACAGGAUGCUACAGUUAUUUGAAAUCGUAUUGUGGCUGCCACAUCUCCUGGUCAGGGGUCCAGCUGAGGGUGCCAUCCCCUCUGCCCAUAGUGCCAUCGCCCAUCACUGUGACAACUCCAAACAGGUUCCGCUACUACCAAAAUGUCUGCACAUCCAGUUAUUCAUUUGUCUGGUGGGACUGGGCCAGAUGGGAGAAGGAGAUUGACUGGAUGGCUCUUAAUGGAAUCAAUAUGCCCCUUGCGUUCACAGGGCAGGAGGUUAUAUGGCAAAAGGUAUAUUUGUCUUUAGGGUUGACUCAAAAAGAAGUUGAUGAAUUUUUCACUGGCCCAGCAUUCUUGGCUUGGGGUAGAAUGGGGAAUAUUCACACUUGGGGAGGUCCUUUGUCCUCUAACUGGAUGAACAAACAGUACUCCUUACAGCUUAAGAUCCUAAAAAGAAUGAGGUCUCUUGGAAUGAUUACAGUGUUGCCUGCAUUUUCUGGACAUAUUCCUUCAAGUUUACUCCGGGUCUUCCCUAAAGCCAAUGUGACCAGACUUGGUGGAUGGGGCAACUUUAAUUGCACGUACUCCUGCAGCUUUGUUCUGGACCCUGAGGAUCCCCUUUUCCAAAUGAUUGGGGGACUUUUUCUGAAUAAGCUCAUCCAAGAAUUUGGAACUGACCAUGUUUACAAUGCGGACACCUUCAAUGAGAUGACACCAACUAGUUCUGAUCCCUCUUAUUUGUCUGCUGUCAGCAAUGCCAUCUUCAAAUCUAUGGUCAAUGUGGAUCCUGGAGCCAUCUGGAUGUUGCAAGGCUGGCUAUUUGUUAAUAAUCCAACUUUCUGGAGGCCGGUACAGAUUAAGGCCCUUCUUCAUGGCACACCAAUUGGUAGAAUCAUAGUCCUAGACUUGUUCGCAGAAACUAUUCCUGUUUAUCAAUACACAGAGUCGUUUUAUGGGCAACCGUUCAUUUGGUGCAUGCUGCAUAACUUUGGUGGGAACCAUGGUUUAUUUGGAAAAGUCGAGAGUAUAAAUACAGGACCUUUUGAUGCAUUGUUGUUCACCAACUCUACUAUGAUAGGAACAGGACUUACCCCUGAAGGCAUUGAGCAGAAUGAUAUGAUAUAUGAACUGAUGAAUGAAAUCGGUUGGAGAUCCAUGCCUCUCAAUCUCACUGAAUGGAUCUCUGAUUAUUCUGACAGGCGUUAUGGCCAAAAACACCCUUAUGCACGGGCUGCAUGGCAGUUGCUUCUAGGUAGUGUGUAUAACUGUACUCAGAACUGGAAGGAUCACAAUCACAGUCCAUUAGUUAGACGCCCAUCUCUAAAAAUGAACACAGGUUUUUGCUACAAUAAAAUUAACCUUUAUGCAGCUUGGCAAUUAAUGCACAAUGCAGCUUCUUCCUUGGCAAAUAGUAGCACUUUCCUUUAUGACUUGGUGGAUGUUACCAGGGAAUCUAUGCAGCUGCUGGUUACUGAAUAUUACCAGGAGAUUAAGACUGCAUAUAUAAAUGAAGAUCUAGAAAGAGUUAUGACAGCAGGUGGCCUAAUGGUGUUUGAUCUUCUGCCUGAACUUGAUAAUCUGCUUUCCAGCCAAUCCCAGUUUUUGCUUGGUCGAUGGUUAGAGUCAGCACAGAAGACAGCCAGCACCAAAGAUGAGUCUAUUCUGUAUGGCAUGAAUGCUCGUAACCAGAUUACAUUAUGGGGUCCCGCUGGCAAUAUUUUGGACUAUGCCAACAAGCAACUAGGAGGGCUAAUUAAAGAUUAUUAUAAAGAGCGCUGGAGUCUCUUUCUGUGGUACCUAAUUGAAAGUCUUAAUACGGAAGUACCCUUCCAGCAAAGCAAGUUUGAUGAGGCUGUGUUUACUGUGGAAAAAGGGUUCACCUAUAAUGGCAAGACCUAUAGUUCUACUCCCACUGGAGAUACUAUUGCAAUAGCCAAAAAUAUUUUUGUAAAAUAUUUUCCAAAAAAACAAUAGAAAUACCAUCCUAGAUGAUAUAAUACCGACCGUACUUGCAUUCAAAAGAAAAACAGACAUUUUAAGCAGAAUGUUGGGAUUACCAAGUCUUUUAUUUUUAUUAUUUGAUAAUGUUGCAUGAUUUAAUAAAGUCACAUGCACUGAA